AUGAAGAUGAUGACCAACCAAAAGAAGGAAACAGACGAAAGAUUCCCAGCUUUAGAAUCAGCCGUGAAGCAAUUGCAAACUAGAGCCUCAUCAACCGAUGUUAACCUUGGGAAUUUACAAGCACAAGUUAAUAACCGAUUGCCAUCUCAGCCAGUGGCGAAUCCAAGGGAUAAUAAAACGCAAGGGUUCGAUCCUCACGAGGAAAAACAUUCGAAUGCUAAUGACCAGCAGCGAUCUUGUGCACCGAGAGCUCCGUUUCCACAGUGCUUGAGGAAGGAAAAGUCAGACGACGUCAAUGCUGAAAUUCUGGAGACUUUCCGCAAGAUUAGCUUAGGCGAAAAUGUAUCUGUGAUAUUUCAAAAGAAACUCCCACCUAAAUGCAAAGAUCCGGGAAUUUUUUUGAUACCUUGUAAAAUAGAAGACCUUAAACUUGAUAGAGCUAUGCUUGAUUUAGGAGCUUCUAUAAAUGUCAUGCCUAGAAGUAUCUACGACAGAGUACAAUUAGGUUUAUUAAAAGAAACAGGACUGAUAAUUCAACUUGCGGAUAGAAGUAAUGCCUACCCUGAUGGCGUCUUAGAAGAUGUUUUAGUACAAGUAAAUGAGUUAGUCUUUCCAGCUGAUUUCUAUGUUUUAGACAUGGGACCUAAUGAUAAUUCGAUUGAUGUACCCUUACUUUUAGGGAGACCUUUCCUUAAGACCGCUAGAACGAAAAUUAAUGUACAUAAAGGGAAUUUAACUAUGGAAUUUGAUGGGGAGGAUGAUGAGUUAAAAAGUGUUCUAGCUAAAAGCAUUUUUGAUGUCGAUGAGCAUGAAUUUAUCAUUUCUGAUUCUUUAAUUAAUUCGGUUUGUGCAUUAGACUCGCCUAAAUUGACAUGCUUUAAGCCGAUCCUCCCUAGCCUUACGGUGACUGAUAAGCAAGUUCCUUCACUGAUUUCACCACCUAAAUUAGAGUUAAAAGAGCUGCUCAAAAAUUUAAAGUACAUCUUUUUAGGUGCAAAUCAAACUUUGCCAUUAGUAGUGCCGAAUGCCUUAACCGAAAUCCAAGAAUCCAAGCUACUUAGAGUUCUUAGGAAACAUAGAGAAGCCUUCGGUUGGACACUAGCCAAUAUUAGGGGACUUAGUAUGACUUUAUGCAGUCACAAGAUAGCCUUAGAACCAAACUCAGUUCCUAAAAGAGACCCCUAA